ACUGGGCUCUCGAGCAAGCGAGAGGUCAGUGCGGAGCCGGAGGCGAGCUUGUCCAGUUCCAACGCCAGCUCGCAGGCAUGGCCCCGGCAGCAGCUUCGGGUGGCAGCACCCUGCCCAGUGGCUUCUCCGUCUUCGUCACCUUCCCUGACUUGCUCUUCAUCUUUGAGUUUAUCUUUGGAGGCCUGGUGUGGAUCCUGAUCGCCUCCUCCCUGGUACCCAUGCCCCUGGUCCAGGGCUGGGUGAUGUUUGUGUCUGUGUUCUGCUUCCUGGCCACCACUUCCCUGAUGGUCAUGUACAUAAUUGGUACUCAUGGUGGGGAGACUUCCUGGAUCACACUGGAUGCAGCCUACCACUGUGUGGCUGCCCUGUUUUACCUCAGUGCCUCAGUCCUGGAAGCCCUGGCCACCAUCACAAUGUUCGAUGGCUUUACCUACAGGCAUUACCAUGAGAACAUCGCUGCAGUGGUGUUCGCCUAUGUGGCUACUCUGCUCUACGUGAUCCAUGCUGUGUUUUCCUUAAUCAGGUGGAAGUCUUCAUAGGACAGCAGAUUGGGAGCUGAAACCCAGAUGCAAUUAACUGGUCAGCCUGUCUUCCCCAUUAACUUCCUGGAACAGACUGAAUGGUGGAGAAAAGAAAACAAGCCAAAAGAAAACAAAACAGACACAAAAACAAAAGGAAACCAUGUUCGAGUCUCUUGGGUGUUACGUUUACCUUCUGUUAGGGUUUAGGGCUUGCUGAAUUUAACUUCCAGCCAAAGGAGGAAAGAGUUGUCUUGGCGGGGGCCCUUUCUGCCCUUGACCAGGACAGUGGGUGGGAGCUUGGAACCUUGAUCUGAAGAAAUGACAAUUUCCCCUUGACCCUUGGAGCAGGUCCUAACAAUUGCCUUUCGGAAUUUUCCACAAGCUCUUUGCACCACUCAUCCCCUGGCAUAUCUUAGAUUUUGUGGAUAGUCUAGGUGUCACAGGCACUGAAAUUCACCCAACAGAGGUCUCUAGAUAGAUGUUCAUGGUGGAAGAUGAACCCCUUUGAAAUACUUCAUUAAAUACCUUUAUGUCUCAUGCUUCGGGUGGGGAACUGGGAUGUUUUUCAUUCUCAGGAAUCAGGGACUGACACCUUUCUACUCAACUUUCUUCCUGCCAGAGUCCUUUGAUGUAACCUGAACCUCAAGGGACAAUUCAGAUGUGUGUGCUGGGCCAGUCUUUCCCACAAUGACUCACUGAGGAUGCCACCCUCACAACAGUGUCCACCAGGACAGUGUCUCCCUUGUAGGUGCAUCCCAGGGAGCUCAAGGAACAACAGUUUGCUAAAUUAGAAUCUUUUCAAGCUCAGAAAACUAGGUGUGGGCAUUCCUUCUCUUCUUAGGGCUGAUCUAAAAUGCUCUAGUCUGUGUUUGGGCAUGUUCUCAGAUCAUUUCUUUCGGGGAGAAGAGGGACCUGACUCCAGAGCAAAGGGAGAGACAAUGGCUAUUUCUGGCUGCCACAUUCCAGGUGAGGGACAUCUGACCUGAAAGAAGAAAGUAUAAUUAGGAAGGACAUGGAGAGCCUGCAAAGUCAGACAUCUGCUAGGAGAUCUCACCUGGACCCCACAGUUUAAAGGAUUGACAAACUAGAGUUGGAACCCCAGAUGCAGGGACGUCCUGCCAGCCACCAGGACUGCCAGGAUUCUAGCCUCGGUCAGCUUCCACUAGCUGAUGUUUUAUUCUCCAACAAAGUGGGAGAUUGAGACCUACAACCAAAUUAGAUUUGGGGAGUUUUCUACCUUGGUUCUGAGGAUGGAACCCAGGGGGUACACAUGCUGGGUAAGCACUCUUCUCCUGGAUCCCAUCUUCAGCCCCAAAUUGAGUCCCAGUGGCACAUCCAGGAGGCCUUUGGUUAUCCCAGCCAUACUGGUACCCAAAUCUGCCAUUUGCCCCACUUAACACAGUCAAAAUUUCAUACUAAAACGCAAGCAAAAGAUUAGGGGGAUUUAUUUUUAAAAAUUAAAAUAUAAACUAAGAGAUUAUAUGAAGUUCAUUAUAAUGGUUAACAAAGUCUGUAACUGAACGCUGACUGGGGUCGUCUUAUAUUUUCAACAAAACUGAACCAUAACAUUACACUAACCAGCAGCUCAACAUGAGCGAGGGUUGGUUUUUUUGUUUUUGUUUUUUUUUUUUGAUAAGAAGAAAAGAGAGAUGAAGGAAGGAAGAAAGGAACAAAGGAAGGGUGACUAAGAUGAAUUUUCCAAGGGUUUCUCAAUGUUUCAGAUUUUUAAUCAUUAAAAGAAACUUUCAUAC